AUGGCGGCGACUCUGGGGGCGCGGGGGGCGACGCGGCGCUUGUUGGCGGCGCUGCGGGGUUGGAACCCCGGCCUCGCGGCCAUGUCAGCAGAUGCUCAUUUGUUGACAGCAGAGGAGAGGAACCAAGUCAUACUCGACCUUAAAGCAGCAGGAUGGUCAGAAUUAAGAGAGAGAGAUGCCAUCUACAAAGAGUUCUCCUUCAAAAAUUUUAAUCAGGCCUUUGGCUUUAUGUCUCGAGUUGCUCUACAAGCAGAGAAGAUGAAUCAUCACCCAGAAUGGUUCAAUGCCUACAACAAGGUCCAGAUAACUCUCACCUCGCAUGACUGUGGUCAGCUGACCAAAAGAGACGUGAAACUGGCCAAGUUCAUUGAAAAAGCAGCUGCUUCUUCGUGA